GGUAAUUUUACUCCACCCUAUAGGGUCGUUAUGAAUUGGAAUCGACUCGAUGGCAAUGGGUUUGUUUUUGUUUUUGUUUUUUUUUUGGUUUUAGGUAUAAUUUAAGGCAAUUAUUCUAAAUGAUAGUUCCUUGGAUUAGAAGAAUGUAUGUAUAUAUGUAGAAGAAUAUGUGUCAGACUCAAAUCUCUACUCUUUGCCACUGUGUUUUACUGCCUCCUUUUGGAAUCUAUCUGGAUUGUGGCUAAAACAAAAACCUGCCGUCCUUCGGCCUUGAAAAUGGAAGGUUUCUUGAAAAAAAAAAAAAAGAAAGAAAAACAAUCAGGUGAAUAGUUCCUUGCAAGAUUGCUCGAGAAGAAAUUGGCGUUUUGAGGCAGUGAAUACAAAGAAUGUUGGACUUCAAAGUCAGGAGACUUAGGUUUAAAUUUAAGUUUUGUCAUUUAUUACCUAUGGAGCCUUGGACACUUCAGUUUACUCUGAGUUUCACCAUCCUUCACCAUCCUCAUCUGUGGUUAAUGUGAGGUCUAAAGAGUAGCACAUGUGAAAAUGUUUUGUAAACUUCCCCUUGCUGUGCAAGAGUGAAGGAUUAUUGGCAUUAUUUUGUUGAGUGGCUCACAUGGUCCGGAUGUGUGCUUUAGAGUAUGUGGUUACAUACUCACGUGUCAUGAAGCAGCACCUGGGACUUCUCAUGCAUUACACUGUUUGGAAAUGAUGAUUGGAAAAUGGCUCUUCUCCGGGAUGGAUUAGGGGGGAUUAGCAUACCAGGCCCUUCACGGCGGCUUUCCUCUACCUGUUCCCCACCCCUAAAUCUGCUUCUCUGAAACAGAGAAAAACAUCUUUCAGGCUUGCCAUAGGGUUCAGUCUGAAGUGGUAAAAGGCCUGGGGCCAGGAGGGCCACUGCACAAAGUUGAAAAUGUAGAGAGAAUCAGGAGAUCUCAUUGUUCUCAACACUAGGAAAGAGAGGGAAAAACGGUAAAGUCAGCAUGAGAGGGUUUGGGCAUCCAAGGAUGCAGGAGAACAGCACUGAAAUCCUGCAAGUCCAAUCUUGUCUGGUUCAUCUUUUGUAUCCUCACUGCCUGGCACUCUACCUUCCUCUAAUGGUGAUCCAUAAAUGUGUGUCAGCAAAGAUGUACUGAGACCGUAUAUACAAAGUGCUUUAUAAACAAAGAGAAUUCAACUCAAUGGGGAGUGGUAUUUGAGGCAGAUAAUUCUUGCUGUUCUAUCUGAGUUGGGUGGAAGCAUAGUAAGGUGGAGGUCAGAAGCCUUGUGGUGUUCUUUGAGUGUUCUACCUGGGAAUCGUUUUAGCUACCACUUACUGUAAGAUGGCACAAUUUCUUGCUGGCCUUGUUUGCCCUGUGAGCUCAGUGAAUGUAGGCUGAAGUUGACGGGACAAACUCUUGGAAUUAGUACCUGCAUGUCUCCCUAAAUCCCUUGGCUGUAACUGGUUGUGGGGAUUGUUCGAAACACCAGCUGAGGACUGGAGCCCCUCUCAAACCUGUUGGAUUAUGGCGAGAAGUCGGAAAUCGAACUGAGUUACAUCCUCUCAGAUAGCAUCAAAUGGCUAUCGUUCCCUGGAGGGGGAUGGGAAAGCUGAGGGGCAAGUAAGUUGGUGCAGAUGGCUUACUGCAGGCUGUCUUUCCAGGGGACACAGAAACACCUCUCUGCUUCUCUCUCCCCAGGGUCACCUCCUUAUUAUUGCCUUUUGCACUACCUUUCCCCCGGAUGUUCAGUCCCCUCUUCUGUAUAACGGACUGACCCUGUCAUGAUGGCUCAUGGUCCAGCAGGCUGACAACCACCUGGAGCCUCAGGGUUUCUGUUUGACUGCUCAUCUGCCGCUGGUAGCACCUCUCCCUGAUUCUGCCCAGCCUGGUAGGCCAGGUGGUAUCUCUCCGGUGCUGGCGUGUGGCUUUGCAGCAGCCAGCAGAGUAGCCAGCAGAGCAGCCACGAUGAUGAUUCAAGCAAGUUCCUGAGUCCCCGAGUGCGGGAAGAAAGCACUGCCAGUAAUUCAAACCGCAGCACGCCGGCCUGCUCCCCCAUCCUCCGGAAGCGGUCUCACUCACCAACCCCACAGAACCCAGACGGAGACACCAUGGUGGAGAAGGGCUCAGAUCACUCCUCAGACAAGUCCCCAUCCACACCCGAACAGGGUGUGCAGCGCAGCUGCUCCUCACAGUCUGGCCGAAGCAGUGGCAAGAAUUCUAAGAAAAGCCAGAGUUGGUAUAAUGUUUUAAGCCCCACUUACAAGCAGAGAAAUGAAGACUUCAGAAAGCUCUUUAAGCAACUUCCAGACACGGAGCGCCUCAUUGUUGAUUACUCAUGUGCUCUCCAAAGAGACAUUCUUCUUCAGGGCCGACUCUACCUCUCUGAAAAUUGGAUCUGCUUCUACAGCAACAUCUUCCGCUGGGAAACUCUGUUGACAGUCCGUUUGAAAGACAUCUGCUCCAUGACUAAAGAAAAAACAGCUCGCCUCAUUCCCAACGCCAUCCAGGUUUGCACUGACUCGGAAAAGCACUUUUUCACUUCAUUUGGAGCCCGAGAUAGGACAUAUAUGAUGAUGUUCCGACUCUGGCAGAAUGCUCUCCUUGAAAAGCCUCUGUGCCCCAAGGAGCUCUGGCACUUUGUUCACCAGUGCUAUGGGAAUGAGUUGGGCCUGACCAGUGAUGAUGAGGACUAUGUGCCCCCUGAUGAUGACUUCAACACGAUGGGCUACUGUGAGGAGAUCCCCAUAGAAGAGAAUGAAGUGAAUGACAGCUCGUCUAAAAGCAGCAUAGAGACCAAGCCGGAUGCCAGUCCACAGCUGCCCAAGAAAUCCAUCACCAACAGUACACUGACUUCUACAGGGAGCAGCGAAGCCCCCGUCUCGGUGACUCCUCUGUCUCCACUCCAGUUUGAUGGCCUUCCCCUGGAGGAGGAGGUGCUGGAGAGCGACAGGCCCCUGGAGAGAGAGCUCGCCAUUGACAACAUCAUAGCGGAGAAGAUUGAGAUCAUCGCCCCAGUGAACUCCCCUUCCUUGGACUUUAAUGACAAUGAGGACAUCCCUACUGAGCUCAGUGACUCUUCUGACACCCAUGAUGAAGGAGAGGUCCAGGCCUUUUACGAGGACCUGAGUGGCCGGCAGUAUGUGAAUGACGUCUUCAACUUCAGCGUGGACAAGCUCUAUGACCUCCUCUUCACCGACUCCCCCUUCCAGAGGGACUUCAUGGAGCAGCGGCGCUUCUCUGAUAUCAUCUUCCACCCAUGGAAAAAAGAGGAGAAUGGAAACCAGAGCCGAGUGAUUCUUUACACCAUCACCCUUACCAACCCGCUGGCUCCCAAAACGGCCACUGUCAGGGAAACACAGACCAUGUAUAAGGCGAGCCAAGAGAGCGAAUGUUACGUGAUUGACGCCGAAGUCCUCACCCACGACGUGCCAUACCACGACUAUUUCUACACCAUCAAUCGCUACACUCUCACCCGUGUGGCUCGGAACAAGAGUCGGCUCAGGGUCUCCACAGAGCUGCGCUAUCGAAAACAGCCUUGGGGGUUAGUGAAAACUUUCAUCGAGAAGAACUUCUGGAGUGGGCUAGAGGACUACUUCCGCCAUUUAGAGAGUGAGCUGACAAAAACAGAGAGCACCUACUUGGCUGAGAUGCACAGACAGUCUCCCAAGGAGAAGGCCAGCAAGCCCCCGACAGUACGGAGGAGGAAACGUCCCCAUGCCCACCUGCGGGUACCUCACCUGGAAGAGGUGAUGAGCCCUGUCACCACACCCACUGAUGAAGAAGUGGGCCACAGGAUCAAGCAUGUGGCAGGUUCCACGCAGACACGGCACAUCCCUGAGGACACCCCCAGUGGUUUCCACCUACAGAGUGUGUCCAAGCUGCUGCUGGUUAUCAGUUGUGUUCUGGUACUCUUGGUGAUCCUGAACAUGAUGCUCUUCUACAAGCUCUGGAUGUUGGAAUACACCACCCAGACCCUAACUGCCUGGCAGGGUCUUAGGCUCCAAGAAAGGUUACCCCAGUCCCAGACAGAAUGGGCCCAGCUCUUAGAAUCCCAACAAAAGUACCACGAUACUGAGCUCCAAAAAUGGAGGGAGAUCAUCAAGUCCUCCGUGAUGCUUCUUGACCAGAUGAAAGACUCACUCAUCAAUCUUCAGAACGGCAUCAGGUCCCGGGAUUACAUGUCAGAGAGUGAAGAGAAGAGGAACCGCUAUCAUUGACAAGGCAGGAA